CGCACACAGCAGAUCCGUCUAGUGCACUAGGCUCACAAUCUCGAAGCUACUAGCUAUAUCUUCUCUUAGUUUGCUCGUCACCACCGGAAAUGGCUACGGCGACGACUAAGCCGGCGGCGGGGCGCGGCGGGAGGCGCUACGCGCUGCUGCUGGCGCUCUGGGACUCGGAGUACGCCAAGGAGGUGUACGGCGGGUACUACAACGUCUUUGUCGCCGCGUUCGGCGCCGACGACGUCGUCGGCGGCGGUGGGGAGGGCCCGGCCGGCGAUAGGUGGCACUGCUUCCGUGUGAUUGCCGGCGAGUUCCCUGCGCCGGAGGACCUGGCGUCAUACGACGGCUUCGUGGUGAGCGGCAGCCCGCAGGACGCGCACGGCGACGAGCCAUGGAUCCGGCGCCUCUGCGCGCUCAUCCAGACCGUCCACGCCAUGAGGAAGCGGGUGCUCGGCGUCUGCUUCGGCCACCAGGUUCUGUGCCGAGCGCUGGGCGGGAGGGUCGGCAGGGCUAGGAACGGCUGGGACGUCGGGGUGAGGAAGGUGACGUUUGCGCGAGACCGCCUGGAGGGCCUUGAGUUCCUCGGGGACCUCGUCGAGGAGCUUCCCCGGAGCGCCUCCCUCAUCGAGGUUCACCAGGACGAGGUGUGGGAGAUCCCGCCUGCGGCGACGGUGCUGGCCUACUCGGAGAAGACGCGCGUGGAGGUGUUCGCGGUCGGGGAGCACGCGCUGGGCAUCCAGGGACACCCGGAGUACACCGUCGACAUCCUUCACAACCUCAUCGACCGCCUCACCAGGCAGAACGACAUCAGGAGGAGCGUCGGCGAGGAGGCGCGGCGGACGGUUGCGGAGACCGGCGGGCCGGACCGCGCUUUCUGGACCGCGCUCUGCAAAGGUUUUCUCGGAGGGGGAGGGGCGGGAGGAGACCGUCCGCAGCCGUCUGCUGCUCUGCCUGCGGUGCGGGAGACGGCGCCGCCGGAGGUGACGACUAGCUGCGCCGUCGCUGGUUGCUUCGCCAGCGCCGCAGGUGCAAUGGUCCAGAUGGCGCGCAGCAACUAGUUAUGGCUAGGGCUGCCCAAAAUCUUGAGUACCUGGUUCCUUUUUGCUGCAGUAUUGCACUCUGUACUGCAGUUCGAUUUUCUGUUGACAAAAAGAUGUACUCUAGUUCUCCUCUAAAUUAUUGGUGAUGUACUAUACUAGCUAGAAACUACUGCCUUUGAUUGAUCAGUGCUCACCCCAUUUGUGCCGCAA